AUGAGGAUUCACACUGGUGAAAAGCCGUUUUCAUGUGUGAACUGUGGAAAAAGUUUUAGUCAUAAACUGUGUUUAACUCGGCACAUGAGGAUUCACACUGGUGAAAAGCCGUUUUCAUGUGUGACAUGUGGAAAAAGUUUUAGUCAUAAACUGUGUUUAACUCGGCACAUGAGGAUUCACACUGGUGAAAAGCCGUUUUCAUGUGUGAACUGUGGAAAAAGUUUUAGUCAAAAACCGCAUUUAACUCAGCACAUGAGGAUUCACACUGGUGAAAAGCCGUUUUCAUGUGUGAACUGUGGAAAAAGUUUUAGUGAAAAACAGAGUUUAACUAAGCACAUGAGGAUUCACACUGGUGAAAAGCCGUUUUCAUGUGUGAACUGUGGAAAAAGUUUUAGUCAUAAACUUUGUUUAACUCUGCACAUUAGGAUUCACACUGGUGAAAAGCCGUUUUCAUGUGUGAACUGUGGAAAAUGUUUUAGUCAAAAACAGGCAUUAACUCUGCACAUGAGGAUUCACACUGGUGAAAAGCCGUUUUCAUGUGGGAACUGUGGAAAAAGUUUUAGUGAAAAACAGAGUUUAACUAAACACAUGAGGAUUCACACUGGUGAAAAGCCGUUUUCAUGUGUGAACUGUGGAAAAAGUUUUAGUGAAAAAAAGAGUUUAACUCAGCACAUGAGGAUUCACACUGGUGAAAAGCCGUUUUCAUGUGUGAACUGUGGAAAAAGUUUUAGUCAAAAACAGCAUUUAACUCGGCACAUGAGGAUUCACACUGGUGAAAAGCUGUAGAAGUAUUUUCCAUACUUGUUCUAUGUUGAGGUUGACUAUAGGAUUAAUUUAGUUAACUACUAGAAUUAAGGACUGGAGGGGUUUCAUGUCUAUAAAGCUGAAAAUUUGUAUUUUUUUAAAUGUGAUCAUAUGGACGUUGUGCAACCAUCAAACAAUAAUGAUAUAACAAGUACGAUAUAACAAUAUGUUAUUGUACUUAUAUACUGUUUAUAUCAGACUGUAUGUUGUGUUUGUACAACGUGAAGAGCAGAGGGCUCAGCUCAGAGCCCUGAGGAGAGCCAGUACUGAUGCUGAUAGAUGAAGAGACAUUGUGGUCCAUUGUGACUAAUUUCAUGCAUUAACAGAGUUUGA